AUGAGGCUUGUCGAGCUUUGUAGCUCUGGAACGCCUAUUGAUCUCGGCAACAAUUGUAUUCGAGCAUGGUGGACCGGCUUACUGCCCGCCUCUGUGGUCCUGUUCAACCUGUCAAGAUAUACAUACAAGAAAGUUGUUCCAAAGAACUAUCGCCCACUUUCGUCGACAUUUUCCGACUUUCUCCCAUUGGAAGAGGCCGUCCAAUUGCAGCAGCUUUCUCCAACCAGUUCUAUAGUAGAGGCAGCCGGAAACCAUGAAGACCAUGAAGCAGUGGACAACUCUUACGCAGAAAACAAGACCAAAUGGAAACGAGGCGUGCUGGUUUUGCCAGCAGUCGUCGAGUUUGGAUUCUGGCUCACAUGGCUCAUUACUCACGUGUACCACGCCAUAAAUAACACCUCGGGAGAUGGGAGCCAUGCUCCUCCGACCUAUGAGCUCACAAAGGGUGUCAACGCCGAGGAGAUUGGAAAGAGUGUCACACCAGAGGACUACACUCCACUCUGGGGUUGGAUAACGUUCUGGUGGGUCCAUCCACUCCUGAAGAGGGGUACCGGACGUACGCUGGAGGAAAAGGAUGUGUGGGCGCUGUCGCCCGGACUCUCCUCCAAGCCCCUCUUUAUCAAGUUUCAAGCACUGCUGUCGACCCUCCCAUCUUUCGGAUCACCAGGAGAAGACAAAGUCACGAAACGUCGCAUGUCUCUGUUGAAGCAGCUCUGGAAAGCCAACUCGCUCGACCUUAUCCUCGACGCUCUACUCACGCUGACUUCUGUCAUCUUCAACUACGCCAGUCCCUUCUUCCUCAAGAAAAUCCUCGAUGCGGUGUCUCAACCCUCAUCUGGUGCUGGACCUGUCCUCUUAAGCAACUCAGACUCGUUCAGUCACCACUUAAUGACACUCUUACGCAAUCCUCGCGAAAUACGAGGGCAGGCAUACGUUUAUGCGUUCCUCGCCUUCUUCUCCUCGGUCCUCAAAGCCCAAUCUGAUCUCCAGCAUCUUUGGUACGCACGGAGAGCUUCGACGAGGAUAAGAUCCGAGUUGAUGGCAGCAAUCUACGAGAAGAGCCUGAAGCGCAAGGACUUUUCUGGUAGUGUGCAAAAGGCUACUGAUGACAAGGUCAAGGGCAAAGGAGAUGCCGAUGCAAAGGGAAAGAGUAAGGACGAUACCAAGAAGGCCGGGGCGGAUAUCGGAAAGCUUGUCAACAUCAUGAGCAACGAUGCGAACCGGGUGUCUCAGACUGUAUCUGCAUUCACCAUGCUUUACGCUGCACCUCUGGAGCUCGUCAUUGGAUCAAUCUUCCUUUACCAACUUCUAGGCUUUAGCGGGUUCGCAGGAUUCGUGGUCCUUAUCAUCGGCUCCCCUCUCAACAACUACUUGAUGCGUCGAGGUAGGGAGAUACAAAGGGCGGUCCAGGAGGCCGGACAAGCGCAUGAAGGUCCUCAACGAUUUAUCAAGUUUGGUGCCAGCGAGGAUAAAUGGAUCGAGAAGUGUCUUGCUGCGCGUGGAGUGGAACUAAAGUUGAUUAUCAAGGGCGUUAUAAACUCUAUCGGUUUCAGUCUCACUUGGGGCUUGGCUCCUGUCCUUGUGUCCAUCAUUUCCUUUGCACUUUACGUGUAUACGGGCCACCAUCUCACAGUAUCUGUUGCAUUCACCGCGAUUCAAAUAUUCUCAAUGAUCAAAACACCUAUGAACGUUAUCCCAGCUUUCCUUGCCAUGCUACUGUCGACUCAAGUGUCAUUGGAUCGCAUUAAUCAGUACCUGGACGAAGAAGAGGUUCCAGCAUUUGUCUCAGCUCUGAUAGAAGAGGACGAUACGGCAGUGGUAGCGCCAACAGGUACUUCAGACGAAAGAUUAGGCAUCAAGAAUGGCUGGUUCCGAUGGAAUCUGGCAGUCGAACCGCCAGUGAAGCCAAAAUCCAGCGCAAGUUGGAAGUUUUGGAAACGGCGCCAGGCAGACGGUAGUCAAUCAGUCCUCCCAACUGCAACAAAUGGAAAUGUGCAUCAGCGACAGGAUACAGAUGCUACGGCUGUCGAAGUGCCUCGAUUCGAGCUGCAGGAUAUCAACAUCAUCUUCCCUACUGGCAAGCUUUCGCUUGUGACCGGACCCACAGCCUCUGGCAAAUCUGCGCUCCUAAUGGCGCUCCUCGGCGAGAUGACACCAGUCGAGCAAGGGGCUUCUAAGCCAGUUAAUUUCUUGCCAAAGCAUCCAACGCAAUUAGAUCAAGGAACAGGUCUACGUAAUAGUGUUGCGUACUGUGCACAGACGCCAUGGCUCGAGCAUCUGACAAUUCGGGACAACAUUCUGUUUGGUUCGCCAUUUGAGAAGGCGAGAUACGACCAAGUCAUUGAACAAUGCGCCCUCAAACCGGAUUUGGACAUUCUUGAAGAUGGUGAUAUGACGGAAAUUGGAGCACGAGGUGUCUCUCUUUCUGGUGGACAGAAGGCCAGGGUGGCUUUGGCUCGGGCUGUCUACUCUAGGAGCAAGCACAUUCUCUUGGAUGAUCCUCUUAGCGCAGUUGACAGUCAUACAGCGCGCCAUUUGGUUGAUAAGCUGCUUCGGGGUCCUCUUAUGGCCAACCGCACCGUUGUUCUCGUGACACAUCAUGUCGAACUCGUACUUUCAUCUGCUCAUUACUUUGUUCGCAUGCUCGAUGGUCGGAUCGAUAUUCAAGGAACUGUCACAGACUUGCAAUCAGACGGGCGUCUCGAGAUUUUUGUUCACGAAGCCGAGGCAAAUGCCGAGCCCGAGGUCGUGACCGCUGAAGAAUUAGCGGUAGCUGCUACCGAGGACACACAAGAAGCAGUCGAUGGUGAUUCGAAUAAGGCAGCACCUUCGAAGAAGAAGCAGGCGAAGAAACUUGUCGAGGCUGAGGCUCGUGCCCGUGGUAGUGUCAAAUGGAAGGUAUACAAGGCAUAUCUUGUAGCAACGGGAUAUCUUACGUGGGUUUUCCUACUUAUGAUUCUUGGCUUGUCCCAAUUAGGAGGCGUUACGGAAAAGCUUUGGAUGCAGAUAUGGGGAGAGGCCGGGAGUGCAACCGAAUCGUCACCAGCCGUACACUUCUCGACAUUCCACAGGACAAUGGCUCAAGAGUUUGCAUACCACGACGUCCAAAUUACAACUUCAUAUCGAUACCCAAAUAACACUUUCAACCCAUUCACGUCUACUGUCGCCAUCAGUGCGGAGAAUCCAUUCCCGACCGACCGCUUCCCUUCAGCGAAUGAGCAUCCACUGUUCUAUGUUGGCGUAUUUGCCUGUAUUGGAAUUGGUGUCGUUUUUGUCAACAUUCUAGGACAAAUCAUUUUGUCGAUUGGAGCAUACAAGGCCUCCAAGCAAAUGUUUGCGGACUUGCUCAAGAUGGUCAUGAGGGCCACCAUGCGUUGGUUCGACACCACUCCUACAGGCGAGUGCCGCAUUCUCAAUCGAUUCUCAAAGGAUAUUGAGACCAUUGACUCUUCAUUGGCGUAUUCUCUGCGCUCUACCUUGACCUCGAUUGCGGGCUUCAUUGCUGCCGUCUUGACUAUUGUCAUCAUCUUCCCGGGUUUUGUAGUUCCUGGUACGAUCAUUGGAUUCUGCUACUACAAGCUUAGCCAAAGCUAUAUGGACACAGGACGCGACCUGCGUCGGCUGGAUAGCACAAGUCGCUCACCAAUCUUCGCAGCUUUUGGUGAGACUUUGGAAGGCAUCGUGACUGUGCGAGCAUUCUCUGCGGAGCGACGAUUCCUCGAAAAUCUGCACACGCGGGUGGAUGACACGACCAAAUACUUUUACAACUUUUGGAUGCUCAAUCGCUGGUUAUUGCUCAACUUUGAUCUGCUUGGCGCAACCUCGGUGCUCCUUACCACCUUACUUGUUCUUGGAGGCUUCAUAUCCGACUGGCUAGCUGGUCUUACUAUCACCAGUGCUAUGAACUUUACUAGCAGUGUCUAUUGGACAUGCAGAAUGGUGACUCAACUAGAGCUAGAUCUCAACUCCGUUGAACGCGUCGUCGAAUACAUGGAAUUGCCUCAAGAGCCACCAGCGGUCAUCGAGAAUAGUCGACCACCAGCAUAUUGGCCAUCGAUCACCUCGAGUUCGGAGGCAAUAGUGAACGUCAAUAACUUGGUCAUCAAAUAUGCACCUGAUUUACCCGCUGUUCUGCACGGCGUCAGCUUUGAUGUAAAGCAAGAGAGAAGAUUGGACUUCUCGGACGAACGGGUGGCCUAG